AACAGCUGAAUCAGUACUCUUAGAAGCAGUAUGUUUGGUCGAGAUCAUUGCAGAUAGUAAAAUUUUGUUCUUUGAAGUGGAGGUUGAAGUGUUUGUUACCUUAGCAGGAGAAGUAGUGCCUGCAGCAGAAAUUUUCUUUGGAGAGGCAGUAGGAACAGAACUACUUUGA